AUGUCUACCAAUCGGCCAAGAGCUUCGGUCCGGCCAUCGCUUCCACCCAUGCCGGAUCUUACCCAUCUAACUGAAGACGAACGCAAAAUUAUAGAGGAUGUCUUGAAACGCCAGCACGAUGAAGAGGAAAAGGAACAGGAUAUGAUCAGGCAGAUGCAAAGUGACCUGGACACAUUUAAAACAUCGGUUGAAAAGGUCAAUGAAGAAGCCAAGAAGAUUGGGGCUCCAAAUCAAGACACAGGUGCCAUCUGUCAGAUUUGUCACAAAACAAAAUUUGCCGAUGGAGUUGGACAUCGUUGCAAUUACUGUCAUUUACGUUCAUGUGCCCGGUGUGGAGGCAGGAUGACUUUAAAACCAAAUAAGAAACCUCCCCCUGGGCAGAAACAAGAAGCUGUGAUGGUGUGGGCUUGUAACAUGUGCAAGAAGAAGCAGGACAUUUUAGCAAAGACAGGACAGUGGUAUCAUGGGGGUAUGGCAAAACCAGUCCAGCUGGAUGCUCUGCCACAAGGGGAGGGGACAGCUGGACAGAACAUCAGUCCCCCAAAUGAAAAGCGACCCAAGAUUCAUGGGGAAGGGCCUGAUAAAGAAAAUAUAGAGGAUAAAAAAGGUCACAAAAUUGUAAGGACGGGAAGUUUGCAAGGGAGAGAACUCAAGAGACAAUUUUCUUUGGAUGCUCAAAAAAAUCAUAGUGAUAGAACAGGGUCUCAAAAUCUGACUCCAGAUAUGGCAGAAAAAGAUAAAGGAUCACGCGAUAGAGGUCAUUUACCUUCGGAACGGGGUCGAACUCGGGACCGCUCCCCUGCAGCCAACCGCCACCACAGUGAGUCUCGUUUGUCAGAGACAGACCGACGUUAUAACGCUCAAGAAUGGAGAAAUAUUGAACAGGAGACACGUUAUCGGAGAGGUGAGACGGGUCGUGAGCCUCGGACUCGGGACCAGUCAAGGGAUGCAGAACAUACAGAAAAAGGAAAAUACUCAGAGGAUAAAAGACGAGACCCUCGUGAUCCACAUGUUGAUAGACUUAUGGAUGACAGAGAUCGAAAAAGGGAAAUAUCUCGAGAAAGGUCAAGAGGAUCUAGGGAGGAGGUAACUGGACGAUCAACCAGAGAUGGACGUGAUGAACGAUCAAAUCGUGAUCCUCGUGACUGGGAUGAUGGAUCACGGAGACGUGAUGGACCCGGUGAUAAACGUAAGGAAAGACAAUCAGCACAAGUGGAAAAUCUCAACAUCUACGACUAUGCAGACAAAGAAAACAAAGGUUCACGAGAAAAGUUGGACUCUCUUGAAAAUGAUAAGCGCAGAGUUAGGGACCCUCAUAGCAAACCUGGAGGGUCGCCACACUCACGUGAUAAUACACAGAACUCAAGACAUUUAAAUAAUCGACAUCCACGAGAUAGGUUAGGAAGUGGAAGUAAAGAUCGUCGAUCACCAACAGUGGGAGACACACGGGAACGACGGAAAGAACCUGAAAUGUAUAAUUCCCGUGUACGAUCACCAAGUUUAAAUCGGCAUAAUAUACGCAUAGAACGGGUAGGGGAUUCCCCUACUGUAAUGGAUGAACAAAUGGAUAAAUACCACGACAAAAAACAACAUCUAGAUCCUAGUACAGCAGCCACAGGACGGAACUCUCGAAGUAGGAAAUUAGAUAUAUCUAUGUCACGAAAUGACUCAUUAAGUUCGGACCCGUCAGACUGUGCCAGACCACCUCCUCCUAAGCCCCACAAACAUCGGAGGGGCAAGAAGCUUCAACAGCAUUCUAUCAGUAGCUCUGAUGAUGAAAUUCGCUCAACACCUGAAUGUUCCAGCUGUGAAGAACCUGAUUUGGAAAUUGAAAGCGUCAUCAGUGAAAAAGGAGAAUUUGAAAUGGGAGAGGAACGCUGGAGAAAAGAUGAAAUACUAGCAGCAAAAAUCAAAAAGUUUUUAUCGCAUCCAGUUACUUGGCAGACGUCUGCUGAUGGAGCGAAACGGAUUGGUCACAUGAUAUUGAAGAAAACGGUUUUGGAAGGUACGGGAAAAGACGACUCUGGUGCAAUUUUGGGUUUAAAGAUAGUUGGUGGACAGGGAACUGAACAAGGGCAAUUUGGUGCUUUCAUAACAAAAGUCAAAAAGGGUAGCAUAGCUGAUACAGUGGGUCAUCUCCGCCCAGGUGAUGAGGUGAUUGAGUGGAAUGGGCGUGGCCUUCAGAGGGCUACCUUUGAAGAGGUCAAGGACAUAAUUCUAGAAUCAAAACAGGAACCACAAGUUGAACUUAUUGUACAUAGAAGUGUUAGCACAGGAGAAAUUCCACCCGGUGUGCAGCCAACAGUAGAUCAUCAACAUGGUCGUGAUAGUCAUAGCAAUCGUGACUACACCCAUAAUAGAGACCACAGAGACCACCGUGACCGUGACCGUGAUCGUGACCGUGACCAUAGAGAAAGAGAUUAUCGACAUAAUAACGAAACACUAAGUACGGGUCACCACUCUAGUCGACCAAGUGUGAUGGUAACUUCACCUGGUUCCUCUGUAGAACCACGCUCACGUGCCAGUUCACCUCCAAUUUCAGGGAAAAUACAGGUGAAGAUAUGGUAUAACUCAAAAGGCCAUGAGUUGAUAAUUACUAUCAUCAGUGCUCUGGACCUCCCACUGACUGACCAAGGCAAAUUCCGCAACCCCUAUUGCAAAUUGUAUCUUCUUCCAGACCGCAGUGACAAAAGCAAGCGACGUACCAAGACACUUUCAAACACUAAUGACCCUACAUGGAAUCAGACUUUCAUGUUUUAUCCUGUUCAAGAGUCCGACUUCCGAUCACGUGUCCUUGAGAUUACUGUUUGGGACUACGACAGAAUAGGAGCUAGUGAAUUCCUAGGAGAGGUUCUGAUUGAUAUACAUUCUUCUAAUUUAAAUGAUGAUCCUCUCUGGUAUCAACUGGGCCAUCACGACGAAACUAGCAUUCCGUUACCACAAUCUUCUCCUCGAACUAAGUAUAGCCAGGAUCCUCACGACCUGAGGAAAGCUCUGUCUCCCCCAGUUAGCUUACGUGGCCUAAGUGACAGUGACAUGUCGGAACUCGACUUUGAUGACAGCGUAGGAGUUAUCCCAGAUCACCGCAAUGCUGACUGUCUUUUUCUAGACUGUGUAAGAGAUGACCGAAACGAGCGCCGCCGGUUAGCCAACAAGAACAAUGAGAUGUUAUCAGUUCCAAGAGAUCAAGUGUCCUCAACUCAUCAAAGUUCAAGGUCACCACAUCCUCCAGAAAAAGGUCACUCAAGCAGAACAAGGUCAAGGUCGCCUUCCUCCUACCACCGUGUGCCUGAAUCAGUGUCUCGGUCUCUCUCACCUCCAGAAUUAAGUAAAUCAUCACCAAAGCGAAGAAAACUGCCAGCAAUUCCACUCGAAGCUCAAAUGGCCAGUCGUGAUAAAGCGACUCAGGAUCUGGAAAAACGGGCCCAGAAACUGACAAUGAAGAUGAAAAUGUCCUCUAGUGGUGCCAAUGUAUCUGACAGUGAGAGUUAUCGCAGUAGACGUGAUUAUCACCGUGGUGACUUCCGGGAAAGAUCACGAGAUAGAGGAAUGUCAGGUGACCGAGGAGAAAUGAUGUACGAACGAGGUGGCCAUGAUUUCGAACGAGUUCAUCAUCAUCGUAGAUCUAGAAGAAAUCCUGAGUUUAAUCCAGACCUGGUUGAUGAUAUGGGAAGCGACGCCUCUGAAACCAGCGAUAUGUCUGAAGUUUCCAAAGUGAGCACACUUAGUGUGAGGUCUACACAAUCAGAUCAUCCGCGACGCACAUUCAGUGAAUUUUCACAAAGAAUGGGGAUUCGGACUACCAUUCCACGCCGACAGGUGACACCUAGUUCUAGCAGUGAUAGCCGUGAUAGCUACGAGAAGAAUGAUGGUAGUAUGUCUGAUUCUGCUCUCAGUGCCAGUGUGACAGAGGGUCGCAAACGGAGACCUAGUCUCGGCCACAAAAUGGCAACCUUCGUAGGCCUUCCAUGGAAAAGUAAUAGUGCCUCACAGUUAGCAGAGGCGGGUAAGAAAAAGAACUCUUUCCAAAGAAGUGUAGAAGUCGGGCAUGGCCUGGAACCAAAAUAUGGUAGAAUGGUGAAACAGGCGAGUAAAGAUUCCACAGAUGGGAGUAUCGGCAGUAUCAGUAGUGAUUCCGGCAGUGUGGUCUGGCUGCCCCCAGGUGGUAAUCCUGCCCUCGGUCCUGAGGGUCAGUUUGGAGAAUUCAUCGAGGGCUUGGGUCCUGCACAGCUGGUGGGCCGUCAAGUUCUGGGCUCACCAUGUCUUGGUGAAAUCCAACUUGGACUUUAUGAUAGGAAAGGUCACUUGGAGGUUGAGGUCAUUCGUGCACGACAAUUAAUGGCAAAAUCAGGAGCUAAAAUCCUACCAGCUCCAUAUGUCAAGGUAUACCUGAUAGAUGGUAAAACAUGUGUUGAAAAACAAAAGACUGUGGUGGCAAGACGGACUCUAGACCCUCUGUACCAACAACAACUUGUCUUUAUGGAGCAGUACGGGGGCAAAAUACUCCAGGUAACAGUAUGGGGUGAUUACGGACGAAUGGACAGAAAAGUGUUCAUGGGAGUAGCACAGAUUCUAUUGGACCAUCUGGAUCUAACAAACAUUGUGAUUGGUUGGUACAAAUUAUUUACAAGUAACUCAUUGGUGGGUCAUCACUCGUCCACUUCCACACUUGGUCAUUCCCGCAAAGGCUCAACUACAUCGCUGGAUAGUGGCUACAAUAACAGCAGUCCGAGGACAUAG